GCGCAGAAGUCCUCAGUGCGUCUGAGCAGUGCGUCACAGAGACCCAGCAGAGCACAGCAGGCAUAACACAUCUCAACAAAUAGCUUUUCAAAGAGAGAGAAUACGUCUGCAUCAGCCAUGAUCUGAAUCGUUUAGAUUUCCAUUUUGGAUGCAACUUUUUUUUUCCUCCAUUUUUCUGCAGUAGCACCAGCCUCUCUCUGACUUUAUUUCUAACUGUUUGCAGAGAGGAAGAAGAUCCUGAGCAACAGCUGUGGAAUAUAUCAACUCUGCUAUAUGGAUAAGGAGUCGCUCCCAUCUGAACUCAGAGUUUGAUCUCAGACGUGUCUCUGUGCGUAAAAGAAGAACAUGAAAUCAGCUGAGGAGGAUGCAUAUGGCUACACGCCAAACGUCAGCCUCUCCCUCCCACUGGGCAACCCUUGUCUUCCCUCCCAGUACCACAGCCUCCAGUCCGGCCCCGUCAUAUCCGUCUCUGUCAGCGAGCCUCACAGUUAUGACACCCAGGAUGACAUGAGGGCGGCCGGCUACUAUUCAUCGUCAGGCGUCCGCCCAAACGGGGCCCCGACCCUGGAGAGCCCUCGUAUCGAGAUCACGGCCUACGGUCAGUUUCCUGAGGAUGCGGUGGAGGAGAGCAACCUUCCUGUCACCAAGCGGGUCAACUCCAUCGUGACGCUGACCCUCCCCAGUGCGGAUAGUUACCGCGACCCAAGCUGCCUGAGCCCAGCCAGCAGCAUCUCAUCCCGCAGCUGCCACUCCGACGCCUCCUCCUACGAGUCAAGCUUCUCCUACAACUACGACAACUCGCCCCAGAACUCCCCCUGGCAGUCGCCCUCUGUUUCCCCCAAGGGCUCCACCCUCGCCCUGCCAGGCGACGGCUGCACCUCCGGCGGCUCCCCUCGCCACUCCCCCUCCACUUCCCCUCGCACAAGCGUGACAGACGACACCUGGAUUGGCCAGCGUGGCUCCAGGCCCAACUCCCCUUGCGGCGCGAAGAGGAAGUACAGCUUCAACGGCAGCGGGGCGACGCACAAGCACUUCCCGUACUCGCCCAACCACUCCCCCGGACUGUCCCCGCAGACUUCCCCUCGCCUCAGUAUCACAGAGGAGAGCUGGCUGCCAAACACCAACCAGUACACCAACUCAGCCAUCCUGGCAGCCAUCAACGCCUUGACCACAGACGGAGUGGCUGACCUCGGGGAGGGGAUCCCCAUUAAAGCCCGGAAGACCAGCCUGGAGCACAGCCCCAACGUCAGCCUGAAGCUGGAGCCUGGAGGCGAGGAGCUUCCAGGGGACCUCUGUCAGGACGAACACAGAAUGCCGUUGAAGAAGGAGGGCUACUGUGGCGGGUUCCUGGAUGUGCCACAGCACCCGUACUCCUGGUCCAAGCCAAAGCAAUAUGUCAGCCCAUCCCUGCCGGCCCUCGACUGGCAGCUGCCGUCCAGCUCGGGGCCGUACAGCCUGCAGAUCGACGUGCAGCCCAAGUCCCACCACCGAGCCCACUACGAGACGGAGGGCAGCAGGGGAGCGGUGAAGGCCCUGGCAGGAGGACAUCCAGUCGUUCAGCUCCACGGCUACAUGGAGAGCGAGCCUCUGACCCUGCAGCUGUUCAUUGGCACGGCUGACGACCGGCUGCUGAGGCCCCACGCCUUCUACCAGGUCCACCGCAUCACCGGGAAGACGGUGUCCACCCCGAGCCACGAGGCCCUGCACAACAACAACACCAAGAUCCUGGAGAUCCCUCUGCUGCCAGAGAACAACAUGCGGGCCAUAAUUGACUGCGCGGGGAUCUUGAAGCUGCGCAAUUCGGACAUCGAGCUGAGAAAGGGGGAGACCGACAUCGGACGCAAGAACACACGUGUGAGGAUGGUGUUCAGAGUUCACAUCAACCAGGCCACGGGGAGAACGGUGUCCCUGCAGGCUUCAUCCAACCCCAUCGAGUGCUCCCAGAGAUCGGCCCAGGAGCUGCCGCUGGUGGAUAAACGCAGCUUGGAGACGUGUCCCGCCCCCGGGGGGGAGAGGAUGCACAUCGACGGACACAACUUCCAGCACGACUCCAAGGUGGUGUUUGUGGAAAAGGCUCAAGAUGGCCACCACCUCUGGGAGACUGAGGCCAAGGUCGACAGAGACGCCUCGAAGCCUAAUUCACUUCUCGUUGAAAUCCCUCCCUAUCGCAGCCAAAGACUCUCCACUCCGGUCCAUGUGAACUUCUACGUCUGCAACGGCAAGAGGAAAAGAAGCCAGUACCAACGCUUCACCUACGUCCCUGCCAGUGCGCCGACGAUAAAGACGGAGCCGCACGACGACUACGACGCCCCUCUGGUGUGCGGCCAGCACGGCCCCGGCCUGUCCUUGCACCCAAAGCCAUACUUCCCCCCUCAGGUCGUGACCCCGAUGGUGACCUCGGACCUCAGGCCUUGCGUGGUGGGCGGGGCUUACUCUGUCAGCCAGCAGAGAUUGGCCAAGCCCUCCUCGCUGCCCCUCUCGUCCUCUCCGAGCACCAGCCCCAAACUGCACGACCUGUCGCCGCCGCCCUUCUCCAAGUGCCUCCCCGCCGGCCCGCCGGACCAGCAGUCCCCAAUCCCGCACGUCUCCAUCAUCCAGGAGACUCCCGGGCGCUACCAGCCGCUCAGCCUCUACCUGCCCAGCAGCUCCCCCUCCUCCUCCUCCCCGACCUCGCAGCCCUCCACACCGACCGACGGCCCUUACUCUCCCGCCCUCUGCAUGACGCCAGCCCCGCCGGGCAGUGGCAGCACCAGCCCAGCAGCUCAGCAGCACCCCAAGGUGCCACAGAGGGGGCGGGGUUCCCUUCAGGAGGACGGCAGCCCGCCGGCGCUGGCUGUCAGCAUCAAACAGGAACCACAGGAGCUGGACCAGAUGUACCUCGAUGAUGAUGCGCAGAAGGUCAAAGCCAGAUCAAAUAGAGGAGAGGAGGUCAGUCAGUUCAGUCUGGGCCGGGAAGAGCACACACAUGGCAGCGGAACGACACGCUGUAGGAGGGUGGAGAUGAGUCAAUGAGAUCAUCAGGAACGACCUGUCGAACAUCUCCGUCCACAGCCAUGCGUAGUUUCCCAACAAAACUGACACGGGAAACACAAAACAAAGGGAAACACCAAAACCAAAAUAAAUUGACAUUGUGCUUUUCAUGCUUGGACUACAGCGUGCAGGAAGCAGCAAAUAGGAAAUGCAAAGAGAACAAAUGUAAAUGUGUUGUCCAGAUGACCAGGGUCCAACGCGUGCCUUGUUUUUCAUACGUAAUGCCUUUUUAACAGAAAUUAUCUGAGGAAUAAAUCACAUGACUGACUUUUUUUAAGACGUGUAAAUUGAGUAUGUAGCAACCAAACCUGCCACCAAACCCAGCCUCCACAACAAAGUAUGCUUUUAGAGGACCAAAAAUGUUUUUUAUAUGUCUUUUUUGUUGCUGCAGUUUGUAAAUGAUUCAGUGCCUAUGAGUUAUGUAAUUUGUAUAUACAGUAUCUGUAGCGCUUCAGUUUGCAUAUCUGGCUUUACAGAGAGACGAUUUAAAGAGAAGUGCCUUUUUUUAACUGGAAAUAGGAAAACGUGGCUUCACGCGUUCUACUUCAAAAGAUUUUAUAAAGCGAGAUAAUGUUUCUUUUGCUGAAUAGUGGCAACACAUGCUUAUUAUGGGAUAAUGUUAAAUGCUAAAAGACAGUGUAACGGUAGCACAAAUAGAGUCAUCAGUCACCAAAAGCUCACCAGGCCAGGUGAGGCUGUAAAGGUGUGUUUUAGUUCUCAUGAGUUCAACUUUUCAUUUGUAAAAAGAAGUUAUUUCUUCUUCCAGAAGUUGCAUAAUCUCACCUUAAUUCAUAUUUGUUUAGACCAAUUAAGUUAAGAUUAUUAAAAUCGAAUACAUUUUCUGUAUUCACAACCAACAAUAAGCACUUAACCACUGAACCUGUGGUAUUACUUGUAGUUUAUUCCAUUGAGGCAACAAGUUUGUGUCACAUGAAGUCACAAUUUCCAGAUGAUAAGUUACCCGAACCUCAUAUAGAGUUCAUAUGUCUUUAUGCACUCAUACAGUACAAAUGCUACGGAAGCCCUGAGAGGCAAGUGAGGCUUCUGUUGUUGUAAUACUCAUUUCAGCCACAAGAGGCUGAAGUUCACCGCUACACCACGUUCUAAAUAGGACUGAAAACAUUCUUGUUUUCUUCCAGGACAGUUUUAAUUUCUCCAUUCACUCUAAACUAGGGCUUUCAAAGCUAACAUGAUAAUAACGCGUUAAACGCAAAUUUGUUUUAACACCACUAAUUUCUUUAACGCAUUAACGCAAAAUUUAAGAUGUAGCGGGCUCAGUUUUAGCUCAGCUAAAGUGAAGA